UCCAUCUCUCUCCUCUAUUCUCUAUUCUCUAAAUUAACUACUUGGAGAACUAGUUCAAAAAUGGGAGAGAAUAUGUGCUUAUAGAAGCUCCUCCUUUUUGGUUUUUUUCCUUUUAUUUUUUGGGUGAUCACCAUCUAAAGAAAGAAAAAGAUAAAAUUUUCUCAAAAUCUCAUGGACAAGAAAUUAGAGGAUCAUCAUCAUCAUCAUCAUCAACAACAACAACAACAAUAUCUUCAUCACAAUCAGUCGUCCAAUCCCAUGAUCAUGAUUCCAAACACCACCAACAGCAACAUGAUCUUCUCCGACGACACCAUAUUUAAUGAUCACACCAUGAUGAUCAAUAAUAUGCACCAUCCGCUAAUCUGUGAUGAUCAUAUGAUGAUCAAUCAAAAGGCCGGCUUCAUGGAUUUGUUGGGCUUCCAAGAUCAUUUCUUGACUAGUAUUUCAUCCUCUAAUUCUUUCUUAGAUUUGCCUUCUCUAUUCUCCUCCACCACCACCACCACAACUGCACCGCCACCGCCUCCUCCACCGCCGCCGCAAGAAACGACGCCGUCUCUCCCGGAGAGUACUACUACAUGCUCAGAGGUUCUGAACAGUGCUGCUACUACUCCCACAACUCCGAACUCAGAUUCCAUUUCUUCUUCUUCCAAUGAAGACCAAACCAACAUUAACAAGCAAUCAGUAGUCUCGGAUCAUCAGCAGGAGACGACGACAGUGGCAGAGCAGGAUGAUCAGGAGAAGACCCAGAAGCAGUUGAAGCCCAAAAAGAAGAACCAAAAAAAGCAAAGAGAACCGAGAUUUGCGUUCAUGACAAAGAGCGACGUGGAUCAUCUAGAUGAUGGCUACAGAUGGCGCAAAUACGGGCAAAAAGCUGUGAAAAAUAACCCCUAUCCCAGGAGCUACUACCGCUGCACCAGCGGCCGCUGCGGCGUCAAAAAGCGAGUCGAGAGAUCCUCCGACGACGCAACCAUUGUCGUCACCACCUACGAAGGCCAACAUACGCAUCCCUGCCCCAUUACCCCACGUGGCAGCCUCGGUAUCGCCCCUUCAUCGGAGCACCACGCCGGCGGCGGGGGCUUCAUCUCCGCGGUGGCUAAUUCGCACUUCGGUGUCGGUCCACAGUUGCAGCCUCAUCAUCCUUUUCACCAUCAUCAACAGCUACAACAACAACAACAACAAUUACAAGCUUCUUACAAUAAUGUGUUUAGUACUACUAGUACUCCUCCCUCGUCAAGUGCUAGUGUUGUUAAUCCAACGUCGUAUCCUAGUUUUCAUGUGCAAGAGAUCAGACACGUUAAUAACAACAACAAUUACGUCGUUUCCUUCUCUUCUAAUGAUCCUCACCAUAAUAUUAAUUCAUCUCCUUCUUCGGCUUCUUCGAUUAGAGAUCAUGGGCUUCUUCAGGACAUUAUUGUACCGUCUCAGAUCAUGAUGAGAAAGGAGUACAAAGGGGAGACGUUGAAUGAUCAUUAGUGAUGAUUUUUGUCAUUGCUUUUAGAGAUGAUCAUCUUGAUAUAAUGGUAUGGACUUCUCUAACUAACUACAUAUAUAUGAUAUAUAUGAUCUAGAGCUCAUAUUAUAUAUGGGUGUUUUCUUUUUUUUUUUUCUUUUAUUUGGUAGAAGAAAUAUUUGUACUACCCCACUACUACUGGCUAGCUACUUCAUGUUCUUUUGUGUUAUUCUUUGUACUUAAGUAGGGGUAAUUGAUCGGUUUUAUUAUAUAUGGGCAUAUAUAUGUGUAUACAUUGGGGGUUUUUGUAUA